GACGGGCCUGCGAUCGGAACGCCGAACGAGUCGAGUGGACAUCGGUGAUGGACAAGAGGCGAGACGAGACGGCAAAACGCAGCAUGGAUGGUCGUGGAGGAGAAUAAGAGGGACCCCGCAUUUCCCCAUCGUGACAUUUCCUUUACCCACCACUUGCCACCCAGCACCGCGCAUCCGCAACCACCAGCUUAGCGCUCACGACUUUCACCCAGCAACGCACGUCUCAUCCGCUCCCACUAAUCACACCGCCCUUCUCUACCAUGUCCAAGCAGCUCGACGGCGCCGAGGUCGCCAAGCACAACGGCAAGGACUCGCUGUGGGUCAUUAUCCACGGCAAGGCUUGGGAUCUGACCGAAUUUGCGCCGGAGCACCCGGGUGGCGCUGGUAUCCUGUACAAGUACGGCGGCAAGGACGCCACUGAGGCCUACGAGCCGAUCCACCCUCCCAACACCCUCGAGACGAACCUUUCGCCGGACAAGAUGGUUGGCGAGGUCAGGCAGGACACGAUUCAGGUCGUCGAGGAGACAAAGAAGGACAAGCCCAAGCUCCAGCCCGGACAGCUUCCUCCCCUCGACCAAUGCCUCAACCUCUACGACUUUGAAGUCGUUGCUCGCCAAGUUCUCAAGCCUACCGCUUGGGCAUACUACUCUUCGGGUGCAGAUGACGAGGUGACGAUGCGCGAGAAUUCCAACGCAUACGGCCGAGUCUGGUUCCGUCCGAGGAUCCUUCGCGAUGUCUCUUCGGUCAACUUUGCCACUAGCAUGCUCGGUCAGAAGACGUCGAUGCCCAUCUACAUCACCGCGACUGCGCUUGGUCGUCUUGGACACCCGGAUGGAGAGAAGAACCUGACCGUAGCGGCCGGCAAGUCUGGUCUCAUUCAGAUGAUCCCGACGCUUGCUUCAUGCUCAUUCGAUGAAAUCGUCGACGCCAAGGUGCACGACCAGCAGGUUCAAUUCUUCCAGCUUUACGUCAACUCUAACCGUGCAAUCACUGAGAAGAUUGUUCGACAUGCCGAGAACCGUGGAGUCAAGGGCCUCUUCGUUACGGUUGAUGCUCCGCAAUUGGGCCGCCGCGAGAAGGACAUGCGCAUGAAGUUCGACGACACUGGCUCUCAAGUCCAGAACUCAAACAAGGACAACGUUGACCGCUCGCAGGGUGCCGCUCGCGCCAUUUCUUCCUUCAUCGACCCCUCGCUCAACUGGGAGGACCUCCAGUGGCUGCGUUCCAUCACCAAGAUGCCCAUUGUCCUCAAAGGUGUCCAGACUUGGGAGGACGCAGUCUUGGCUGCCGAGGCCGGACUCAACGGUGUGGUGCUCUCGAACCACGGUGGCAGGCAACUCGACUACGCGCCGUCCGGCAUCGAGAUUCUCGCCGAGGUUGUGGCCGCGCUCAAGCAGCGCAACCUGUGGCGCUCCACUUUCGAGGUCUUCAUCGACGGAGGUGUCCGUCGCGCCACGGACGUGCUCAAGGCUGUUGCUCUGGGCGCCAAGGGAGUGGGUAUCGGCCGUCCCUUCCUCUACGCCUACUCGGCAUACGGGGCUGAGGGCACGCUCGCAGCGAUCAACAUCCUCAAGGCUGAGAUGGAGAUGGCUAUGCGUCUCCUCGGUGCGAGGACGAUUGCUGAGAUCACGCCAGACAUGGUUGACACGCGCGCCCUUGGCUUCCACUCGAGCUCGGUGCCCGCUUCGCAUGGUAGGAGCCUCUAUGAGAGGCUGGACACGGCUGUCGGCGGCGCAGAUGAAGGGAACAUCCCCGGUGGGCUGCAGAAUGCUGGUCAGGACCCGGCGAACUCGAAGCUGUAGGCGUGUAUGCGUGCCCCGUGAUGGAUAUGUAUGAUAGCGAUCAAGGACUCUAAUGCGAUGCGAUGACCAUGAGCCAAACCUUACGAAGAGUAUAGUUUGCAUUGCAAUUGAGCGAGC